CGGUUUGUUUGCCGGCCACGGCAGCGUGAUUACAUGGUGAUGAAGCAAAACAAAGAACGCGACAAAAGAGCCACUUUAGUCCCAACAUCCGCAGAGCGCGCGGCGCCCGCCGCCGCCGUAUCGCGUGAUCUGCAGCGAGGCCUAUCCCGCUUUUAAACAUGGAUCCACGGGCACACACUACGCCACGCGCACACCGACACCGUGCACGUAUGGAAGAACUGCAUCUUGAUUUAAUCUUACACCCCGUCUAACUUUCCUGUAGGCUGCGUUGUGUGCAAAUUGUUCCCCUCUAGGGUUUGUUUUAUAUGUAGGCGUUAAUGUUAGCUUUCAUUACUAUUGACUGUAACACUGCAAUGCACGAUGAGUUGCAUACCAAUCAGCUAAGCCUCUCCUUUGGUUACUACGCGCGUGCGUGCGUAAAGUAGCCCCCACCUUUAGGCUACAUACAUAUACAUAUAGGCAGAGGCGCGGAUUGUUGUGUGCGUGCAGGGAGGAAUGCGUGAGCGGAGCUUUGUGAUCUAACGUAUGGGCCCGUCAUCAGCUCCACGGCUACGAUGCUGCUGCCUUGUUUUGUGAUUUCCGUGGACGAGAUUUACAGGCCCAAAAAAAAUACACAAGUUUGUGAUUGCGUUGGAGUAAUUAAUUUAAAAAAAAGCUGUUUUUUCUUGUGCGUAACGUGAAAUAAAGUCCCCCGCUUGUGGCGGAUUACGCAGCCGAUGGCGCGUGUGCACGUAUGGAUCCAGCAGGUUUUACCACAGCACCUUGUGGCUGUAGGAAAAGACUACGUUGCGUGACAAAAAGGAGUCGGAAGAUCCAGAUCCGGAACAUUCCCCCUCAUCUACAGUGGGAGGUUUUGGACGGCCUUCUAGCUCAGUAUGGUACUGUAGAAAACGUGGAACAAGUGAACACUGAUACAGAAACAGCGGUGGUGAAUGUUACGUAUGCAACAAAGGAGGAAGCUAAAGUAGCCAUUGAGAAGUUGACGGGACACCAGUUCGACGACUACUCCUUCACCGUGUCUUACAUCAUGGACACGGACGCGGCUCCGCCCGUCCAGGCUCCCCGUGCGCGCCGCGCGGGCCGGUCGCCUCGGGACCAGGGCGCCUCUCAGCCCGGACCCUCGGGGGGCUUCGGGGCGCCGCGGCCCCGGACGCACGACUUCCCGCUGCGCAUGCUCGUGCCUACUCAGUUCGUGGGAGCCAUCAUCGGCAAGGAGGGCCUCACCAUAAAGAAUGUCACCAAGCAAACGCAGUCCAAGGUGGACAUCCAUCGGAAAGAAAACGCGGGCGCAGCAGAGAAGCCCAUCACCAUCCACUCCACUCCCGAGGGCUGCUCCUCCGCCUGCCGCAUGCUCCUGGACAUCAUGCAGAAGGAGGCCGACGAGACCAAGACGACGGAGGACAUCCCUCUAAAAAUCCUCGCACACAACAGCCUGGUGGGUCGGCUGAUUGGGAAGGAGGGGCGCAACCUGAAGAAGAUCGAAGAGGAGACAGGGACCAAGAUAACCAUCUCCUCGUUACAGGACUUAACCAUUUAUAACCCUGAGAGGACCAUCACGGUGAAGGGCAGCUUGGAGGCGUGUUGUAAAGCCGAGAUGGAGAUCAUGAAGAAACUGAGGGAAGCCUAUGAGAACGACAUUGCUGCUAUAAAUCAACAGGCCAACUUGAUCCCAGGCUUGAACCUGAGCUCCCUGGGCAUCUUCUCCUCCGGCCUGCCGGUGCUGCCCCCUGCUGCCGGACCCCGCGGUGCAGUGCCCCCCGUGGCACCAGCAGGCUACAACCCGUUCUUAAGUCACUCUUCACAUCUCAGUGGCCUGUAUGGGGUUCCUCCAGCAAGUGCCAUCCCCCACCAGCACUCACAACAGGCUCCAGAACAGGAGGUCGUCUACCUCUUUAUUCCAACUCAGGCCGUCGGCGCCCUGAUCGGCAAGAAGGGCCAGCACAUCAAACAACUCGCCCACUUCGCUGGAGCUUCCAUCAAGAUUGCACCAGCUGAGAGCCCAGAUGUUACUGAGAGGAUGGUAAUCAUUACUGGAACUCCAGAGGCUCAGUUUAAGGCCCAGGGUCGGAUAUUUGGGAAGCUGAAGGAGGAGAACUUCUUCACGGCGAAGGAGGAGGUCAAGCUGGAGACGCACAUCAAGGUUCCCUCCACCGCAGCCGGCAGGGUCAUCGGGAAAGGGGGCAAAACGGUCAACGAGCUGCAGAAUCUCACGAGUGCAGAGGUCAUCGUACCACGGGACCAAACUCCAGACGAGAAUGAUGAGGUCUUUGUGAAAAUCAGUGGGCAUUUCUUUGCAAGCCAGACUGCACAGAGGAAGAUCCGGGAGAUCAUUCAGCAGGUCAAGCAGCAGGAACAGAAACACCAGCAGGGCGCCGCCGUGUCACCGCACCGCUCCAAGUGACCAGCGGGGCGGCACCAGCGGGCGCCAGCCAAUGAAUGUAGCCCUCCCAAACAGACAGAGACCUGCCCAGACAAAGGCCGGGGCCGAGGGGGACGUGCAGGGCAGACCAGCAGCACCGGGAUCAAAACCAAAGAACUUCACUAAGGGGGGACAGGAGUGAGAGCCAAAGGCUGAGGGCAUUGCGUGCACUGCCAGCCCUGAGAGCAGAGAGACUGGGAGAAACCGUACUGAUACCAUAUAAUACAAAAAAGACCAAAAAAAAUCUACGAGAGCCGUGAAAAUGACAGGAAAUUUGGGAAACUGUUGUCUUCACAAUUAGAAAAGCUAAACAGGAAGUAGUAUGCGGCCCAGAAUAACGUUAUCUCUUUAGUCGGACUAACAUAGGAUCGAGCAACUUUAUUCACGUGAUCAUAUUUAGGGAUUAAUAUUUCAGGUUAGAUCAAAUGCAAGUGACAACGGGCACCUUCAGAGAAUAUUUGAGAUAUUCUGAUUGCAAAAUAUAAAUAUCCUUAGCAGUAUUAAUUCAGAGUAGAGGAGUAUAUUGAUACACACUGAGAGCUUGCACUGUUCUUUUUUUUUUUUUUUUAAAUCAAAAUGACAGUACGACUUGUACGGUGUAGUUUUUAAUGAUUUGCUUGUUGCAGAGAUUGACUGGGCUGUGACAGCGGCCACGCAGAGCGGUUCCCCUUUGUCUGUUCACACUUUAGGCCACUGAAAUCAAAAGAAGAGAAAAGAAAAAAAAAACCCUGUAAGUCAAUAAGAUGAAUGGGUCUGAGUCUUUGUAACAAGUCUGUGUGUGUGCCAACGCAAAAGAUAACGUCCCGUUGAUACGUCUCUCACGCUUCAUCUCUGACGCUACACUUUUCUUUCUCUUUACGUCUCCGCUUCGCUUUCUCAUCACUCUCUCUCAUCUGUCAUCGUGGGUUUUUUUUUUUUUUUUGUUCGUUUGGGAUUUAUUAUUCAGGAAGACAAAAACACUUUUUUUGUAGCCUUUGAUAACAUUGAACUGACUGCCACUUUUGCUCAACAAAGGUUAAAUGCAAUGGAGGGAAUUCAACCGGCAACCUGGCAUCGCUCCCUCGCGCUGCGCAGUAGCGGACGGCGCUUCUCUACUGCCCGUUCAUGCUUCUUAUCACGAUGUACAAAAAAAAUAGAUUUUUUCCUCGACGAUCAGAGCAAAAAAAAAAAAAAAACAUGUCUUAAAAAAAAUUGGUGCACUUUUGCUUCUUAACAGUCGACCGGUGGUUUUGAAUGUGCGCCACCACACGCCCGGCCUUAGAGAAUGUCAGGGGGGCUGAGGGCCCGGGAGGAGGGGGGAGGUCGAGGGAGGAGGGGGGGGGGUUAAGUGGAUGGGUGCCGACUCGUGGUGUGCUGAAUGGCAGUGAGGGGAGGGUUUUUGUUGCUGUAUUACCUGUGGUACACACACAGCCCCGAACGCGACCGCAGCCGCGUCUCGGCUUUAAUCCUCUCUCGUCAGGGAGCUUUCUAAAGCGGCAUGACAGCUGUGAAUGUACAAUACGCCGCCUUUUUAGAAGCAUCGCCCCUGCCGCGUCCAGCGGGCCCGAGGCCAGGCCUCUCCUUUACCUUGGCCGCUUCGUGGCGAUCGGGCCGAGCGCUGGACGUGCAGGACCUGGUGUCCCGUCGUGCUUUACUUUGGAGGCUGUGGAAGCCCGUUGCCUUAUUUUGACACCUUUCAGACAGCACCCAUCAGCUUCAUCUUCCAGACGCAAGGUUAUUGCCAACACGCACAGAUUCCUCCGCGUGUGUGUGUGUGUGUGUAUGUGAGAGAGUGUGUGUGCUUGUGUGUGUAUGUAUAUAUAUAUAAAAAGAGAGAGUAAUAUUUAUGAAUCUAUUUUUUCCUAUUUUGUGAUGAGAGCUAUUGAUAAGAAACAAAAAGAAAACAAAGUCCUUUUCUUUUUUUUCUCAGUGGGACACUGCCAUAUUAUUUUGAAGGGAAGUGUUUAUUUUCUUGAAAACUAGACUAUGAAUCCUAAUAUAAAUGAAAACCUGAAACAUAAGAGAACAGUAAACGACCGUGCUAACUUUGGUCGGGAUGUGAACAGUGCGCAUGUCAGUAUUGUGAUCUACCUCAGGCUUCAGGGUACCUCAGUCCAAUCUUUCAUUUCCCCUUUUUCCACAUUUUGUAUGCCUUGUUAACUGAUCAUUUUGAGUGUUUUUAAUUUUCUUUUUUAAUGGGGAAAACAAAGAUCACGAGAAAAUACCUACAGUAAUCUCUAAUAUCUUCAGGUCCAGCUGACUAGUGAAUCUUUGUAAAGCGUAGUCAACUUUGUUGUUGGACUAUCUUUCGCCUGGACGCCAAACAACCUCUUAAUGAUACACGUUAAAGGAUUUCCAAGUAGAAUUUUUUUUUUUGCUAGGAAGGAAUGAAGAGCAGGAUCUAAGGGGUACACGCUGUACCUGCCCGAAGUGGUUCUGAAUGUGGACGUGUGCGGAUAUUCACCGUCGGCGAACGAAAUCACGCAAAUCAGUUGAUAGAAACAGAAACUAAACAACCGUACCUCCUGUUCUUACCAACUGUACCUCCAGGUUUUUAUGAGGAAAAAAACAAUGUUUAUCACUUGUGUGUGUGGGGGGGUAAUUUUAUAACAAUCCAACCCGAUCUUACCAGCUCUAUUUGAUAACAACACACUCUGGGGUUGAGUUGAAAUAAUAAAAAAAAAGACACAAAGCUGCAAAAAUACACUGACAGGACUCUUGAACGUGGUGUAAAACCCUAGUAUUCUGUGUAGAAUGUAGAACAACUCUAGUCAUUGCAAUGUCACUGUGUGCGACGAGAUAACUGUAUAUCUGUAAACAUGUACAAUAGUCUCACAUAAAUGCAUCGUUUCCUGUCUCUCUGUAACACUUACCUGUCUGCACCUGCGUUGAGAGAGACGGCGGGAGACGCUCCGGAGCGUCGGCCCUUCCCUCGAAACUGACCUCGGAACGGUUUCCUCAUCCAUCUGCCCGUUUUGUUGUUUUCCUUUUGUGUUGUGCUGUACAAAUCAGAAUUACCUCUCAGAAUCCAAGGCUGACCCUCGUUUACUCAAAAGCGAUCGUGGGGCGAACGGAGACAAUAGGAGUUUGGUCCUGGACGGUCGAGAGCAGAGUUGGAAGCUCGUCGGGGGGGGGGGGGGGCGGUGGCGGUCCGUCGGCGGAUGAGGUGCGUCAUGUUUUUGUCCCAGUGAACACGUUUUUCGCAAAUAGAACAUAUAAGGUCUAUGAAACUCACACAAUGCCUGAGGCCGUUGCAGCAGGCCUCCCCACAGCCAGGACAGUACCUCAUACUGAUGACGACAGCUCACCGGGCCCCGUCCAUUCACAGUGAAUGGGGGCUCCUUGUGGUGCUCUGCCUCACCGUCGACGGGAGAGCGGCUCACGGUCGCGGUCGGCCGGACGUCCAGGGGUCCUUUUGUUUCUUCGGAGCGGUUUGGGAAGUGGAGGCUCCAUCCGGGCCUCUGUGUUUUUGGCUCUUUAUAAGUGCAGGUUUCCCUCUAGCUGGUUUGGUUUCGUUGUGGUGUUGUGAGCGGAGCAUCCCGACUUCCCAGGGUUGUUGUGUCUAGGUUUUGUGGGGUGUUACUUGGCAUUAAUACUCAGUACCAGAAGAACCACAGUUACACGCAUCACUAAGGGUGUACAGCGUUGUUAGUCAUAUCACACAGUGUUUGAAUAGUUUAGGCUUUAUUUUGUUUUCUGUUAAUCUGGUUUUCUUGUCAUUUACACUGAUUUAAUAAUGCAGUAGGUGGGAUUCUUUGCUUUAAUAUCCAUUCCUCUUAGAUCACUACCAAUGAUGCUAGCUGUUAAAAUGUGGUUUCAAAUAUGCUAGUUAGGAUUUUGAAUGCAUUUGGGAAACAGAAUGGCAAAAAAGCGUCUGUGUAUCACUGUUUGACAAGUGGAGGGGUUUACAGCGAAUGCAGAUGUGCAAAUGAAAACUGAAUGUGUUCUGCCUUUGGGACUGAAAAGCAAAGAGGGCAAUCAAACAUCCGGACAUUAAGGAUUAGCAGAGGAGGGAUUUAGUGAAGUCUGAUCAAAUGUAUGCAGAAGACCAGUGGUGGUUUUUAUUUUUUUGUCCCCUCUUGAUAAAUGAGAAAACGCAACGCAUUGCAUGAGACUGUUGUAGGCGAUUCAGUGUGUACUGCACUUCAUAUAGCACUAGACUCUCAGUAGUGGUUUCACAUGGAUCCAUCUCUUAACUGCAUUUCAGCAUUUGGGAGAUUCCUUUUGUUUCCUCAGUAGUCACAACCCUAACGUCCUACAUAUCCCACAGGCCACGAGGCCAAAAACACCUCGAGUUAACCAGUGACUGUGCUCUGGACAGACAUCUGAUCCGUGUUUAGUACAUCUUGUGGAUCCAUGCCUCUCUGGUAACAGCCAUGCUGUUGUUUUGAGUUGUGAGUGAACUGUAUUGCUGAGCAACCUGGAUCUGAGCAAUAAAGAAUAUUUGAAAGAAAGA